GAGUCAAUCAGAGCAGAAUCCAAAUUUGUGUGUUGGAAGCGGUCAAGUUAAUUCCCAGCAUGACACAAGAUCAGAAGCGCCCCGGUGUUGGAGUCGGAGUGUUGGUCACAGAUUUAGCAAACCCGUACUGCGUCCUCGUCGGAAAGAGGAAAAGUCUAGUUGGAAACGGAACGUAUCAGUUACCCGGAGGUCACUUAGAAUUUGGAGAAACGUGGGAAGAGUGUGCGCGACGGGAGGUGAUGGAGGAGGCAGGACUGCAUUUGAGAAAUAUAUGCUUCGCCUCCGUGGUGAACUCCAUCAAACUACAAGAGCACUAUCACUAUGUGACUAUCAUCAUGCUAGGCGAAAUGGACCGCAGUUGUCCAGGAGAGCCAGUUAAUCUGGAACCAGAAAAGAACGAAGGUUGGACUUGGACUAGGUGGGACCAGUUUCCCCCAGAAGACGAGCUCUUCCUUCCUCUCGCCUGCUUGAGACAACAGGGUUACCAGCCUUUCAGAGACACUCGUGUGAGCAACCUCAGCUCCACCGCAACUUCCCAGUGACAGUGCGCAACCACACUGGCGAGUCCAAAGCAUUGAUUUAUUCAUUUAUUUGAAUGAAUUGUAGAGUGCGAAUAAAUAUUUAUGCCGUUUUAUUUCAAAGUAGUCCUACAAAUGACCCGUUCAUGGUAUGCAAAUUAUGUCUCACUCAAAGCA